AUGGAUCCGAGGCUUUGGAAGGGCCCCGUGGCGCCUGUCAAUGCUGUCGUCGAUACCAUCAACAUCAACAUCAACACUUUGACAUCUCCAUUGAAGGCUUCUGCUUUGCCAUCUCCGCCGACCCCUCAUUCCUUGCCAUCCCUCCCAGUCGAUCCCCUCGUCAUCUCGGCCCCCCCUCCCUCCACGGUCAGUGGCUCGGUAUUGGCCACUAAUCCUCCACCACCGCCUUCAUCUGACGAGAGCCCCUUGUCUGUUAUCGGUGCACAGGAUGAUUCUUGGCCUUCUUGGUUCACAGAUGCCCACCGACUCCUUUCCAGCCAGGAUUUAGGCCGAGAGUAUACGUCGCUCAUCAAUAAAUUCACGGAGCUUGAGAAGCGCACCGCAUUCACACCAGGUGGACGCUCAGCGGGAUUCGGGUCAGACAACAGACCGCCGGAGGUCCAUUAUUGGAUUUCUCGAGGACGCGCGAUUCAACCCAAGAUCUCAAACAUCGCAGACUUCAAAGACAGUUGGUGGAGGUGGUGGAAGGGUUUACAACCAACAUGGAGGGCUGUGUCUGAGGUGGAAGGCCUGCUCGAUCGAACUCAUCGCCCAGUCUCGAUGGGUGGUCACGAUUGGUCCACAAUCAACAAACACGGCCGCAAUGCAUUCUUCUCCGUUCUGGCGACUCUCUUGUGGUGGGGUGCAGCAUCUACGAAGCCACCAAUUGAAGAUUCGAGCUGGAUGGCCGCCGUUGAAGACGUGGGGUGGGUGCUCGAUGGGCUAUUGGGUGUCCACACGCCGCCUGCUCCAACUUCUAAGCCAUCAAGGUCACGUCGACGCUAG